UUGUUAGAUGAGGGAAAAAUAAUUGGAAAUGAUGGUCCAUAUAUGUCUCCUGUUGUUUUAGUUUCUAAAAAGAAUGGUUCUCUGAGAUUUUGCAUUGAUUAUCGAGCUUUAAAUUUAAAUACUAUCAAACAGGAAUUUCCGAUCUCUCAUAUGCAAGAUAUACUCAAUUCUUUGAAACAUGCAACUGUGUUUACUAAGAUCGAUCUGGAAUCGGCAAAUCAUCAGAUUGAGAUGAAAGAAGAAGAUCAGCAUAAGACUGGAUUUAUAACUCAGGAUGGUUGUUUUCAAUGGAAGGUAAUGCCAUUUGAUUAA